GUUAAUAUUUUGGAGUAGUCUGGAAUGCAUUAACUGGAUUUACAUUAUUUUCCAUGGAAAAAGUUGCCUUGGUUUUUGCCUGACCUUUUGGAACUAAUCAAUAACAAAAACAGGUUCCACUACAAAGUUAAUUGUAUCAACAGCAUGAAAUUCAGCACCACAACACUACCAGUGAUAUUUUUUGAAAAGCCGGUCAUCACUGAUCUAAUGUGCAGUGCGCAUGACGAAAGAAGAGCGCAAAACCUAUCCAAAAAUAUUGAUUUGUUCGGGAAAAGGACAAUAGAAGUUUGCAUCAUAUAAUCAGGAGCCAGUAGUCCUCUUGAGAGGUGCGGUUGCAAAACUUCAGCGGGUGCACUGUGCUUUCCUCAGGCUAUCAGGAGACAAGUGAGAGCACUUAGAGCUGUCACAUACUGCUUUCAUGACCCGUUGCUCCCAUCUGCCCACCUUAGGGCAAGAUUAGGUUACCUACAUAUGCUCAUACAUGCACAGUGAUACAAAUUCAUUGCGGCCUAUUCAGCAAGUGUAGAGUUACUUGUUUUGUUGUCCCUCCUGGCAUUUUUAAUCUCUUACUUGUUCUUCCUAACUUGUUUUGAAAGCAACUUUGUUUCCAGUUUGUUUCAUCCCGCCUCCAUCUCCUCUUUUGAUUAACCGCAGCUCCGGCAAUGUUUCUUCUCCUCCUCCUUCCAUACAUCCAUGCAACCCUGCAGAUAUUGGCCUAGCACGGUCUCACGUCGAUAAAGAGUUAUGGAUUAAACCGCCACAUGAUACACUAUAUGAUCGCUAACAAAAGCCACACUCUGGUUUCGGUGUGUUUGGUUUCCACACCAACAGUUGCCUGAAGUAUACGCUGUUUUCUAAGAGAGAGAUGAAAUGUAGACAGACUGGAGCUUGGAGUUGGAAUUCUAUCCGUCUUCAUUGGUUGUGCCUAGAGACAUUAUUUUCACUUCCAAAACAGAAGGAACUCUACUGGAACGUCCUCUCAUGGAGGCAUAGCAUUCUUUGAUUUUCUACAAAGAUUGUUCUGUGAGGUCUUUUUUUUUUAAAGUGAUGUCACAAGAGUUUAGUGAAUACAAAUCAGUGCCACAAAGACUGGGAUUGAUAAAUCCAAUCUUUGAUUAUAGACUGUGUGCGAUCCAGCAUCAUUCUAUGAUCAAAACAGGCUGUGGAAUUAUGAUAUAUGGGUUUUAUUAGAUGAUAAACAGCUGUGGGAAAUUUAGACUUCCUUUAAUGCUUAGGGAUCGCAUGAACUCUGUUCCAGACCAUGGUACCAGAUUACCUUAUCUUACACUUUAUACACUACAAUUUUAAUACACUUUCAUCCAUUAUUCAAGCUGACAACUUCAAAAAUUUUAUUUUAAUAUUAGAAUUAAAAGCUAAUUUUGUAUGUUUGGGAAAAAAAACAUGCAAAUGCCAAGUAAUUACAAAGAGGUUAUGCAGCAGGUUUUUAAUCAGAUAAAGUUAUGUUUGCGAUUAACAACUAAACUGCAUUUUAGUGCCCAACCUUGAUGUUUCAACCUGAGUAAACAAACCUGGGUGGUGUUGCAAAUGUUGCCAAAAAAUGGUCGUAUGAUUGUGUCAUGAGGUUUUUUAGCUCAAUGCUUUUGGCAUGAGCGUGACAUGCUUCACAUUUACUGUUUAUGAGUCAACAGAAUACAGUAAACACAUGGAACGUUAUACAAAGUUAUACAAAGUAUGAAAACAGUACAGAAUCAUGUCAUAAAUAGAAAUCGUCUGUGGUUUUCAAUAAUUUUAGUAGAAGUGAAGUAGAGUGGUUAGCGUACAGGCCACACAGCUAGGAGACCCGAGUUCGAUUCCACCCUCUGGCAUUUCUGUGCAGAGUUUGCAUGGGUUUUCUCUGGCUUCCUCACACAUUCCAAAAACAUGCUAGGUUAAUUGGCGACUCCAAAUUGUCCAUAGAUAUGAAUGUGAGUGUGAAUGGUUGUUUGUCUAUAUGUGCCCUGUGAUUGGCUGCCGACCAGUCCAGGGUAUACCCUGCCUCUCGGCCGAAGACUGCUGGGAUAGGCUCCAGCACAUCCGCGACCCCCGUGAGGAUAAGCGGUAGAAAAUUACCGACUGACUGUCCAAACAAUUGCAUGACUUGCUGGCAUCAGCAAUAAUCCUUUGUGCUUAAUUUUGCUGUGUACAUCAGUCCAACAGUGGUGCACUUUGGUGCAACAUUUGAAGCAAUAUUGUCUCAUUUACAAGUAUACAUUUACAUUCAGUUCUCCUUGGGGUAAUGUUGCAGUCAGGAAGUAGCUAUUGCCAUCAGGACAUACAAUGUGCCGGACCUGUCUCUUGUUGAGCUGUAGAAAACUCACUAUGUAAACCACAAAUACUAGUGGUUUGUACAUCUAUGCAAUGCCACACACAUCCUCCUGGUAGCAAGUUAAGUCCGUGUUAACGUUACAAACAGGACAGUACAUUAAGACUGUUUCUUUCUUCCAGUAGGGUGCCGGAAAGACACCUCUUAUUUAGCCCCCAAAAUACUGUACCUUUAGCACCAUCUAUUGACCAGUCAGAGUAGUGAAAAUUCAAUGAAUACAGACAUGGCAUUUCCAAUGUAAGUUAGCAUUGAACUGCUAGCAUGUAUUAAUGCAUUUCAUUUAUGUUGAAUGUCACAGAGAAAUUAUUAUAUCUUCUGAAAGUCUUUUAUUACUGUGUGUUCAAGUUUUGGCAGAAAUUAAACUCAAUUGGAGUCUUUUUUUUUGAGAAUCUGUUAUUUGCCUGGUGAGCUAGCAAAUUUGAGAGCAAGCAUUAGCCCCCGACACCUUGCCUCGCAGUAUGGUAAUUUUCUGAUGUAAAAGCCGCUACUUUUUCUUAAACUUUGGAACCCUACGGCUUAUUAUCAGCACUAGUAGUCAUGAAUGCAAUUAAACAAUUUAAUUAAGCAAUUAAGCUACAUCUCAAGUAUUACACAUAUCCUCAAUUUCCCUCUACACAUAGAGCAAUAGCAAGAAAAAAAGACAGGAACUCACAUGGAAUCACUGAGGAGUUGCAUGCUUGUUUAAAUGCAAGCUUACUACCCCCCCAAAAAAGACUGACCGUUGCCAAGAAAAACAAAAAAAUGUCUUGAGAGCUCGAAACUAUUACUAGUGUUGUUAAUGUCUGGUCAGCGGCCGGCGCUCGACAAAUAGCUCAGCUAAUGCACCUUGUCAUGGGGAGAUGGAGGGAUUUGAUAAUAGCGUACACCAUGGGGCAACUGGGUGUCACUAACUGCCUCAUUAGGGGUGGUCUGUGUGUGAGAAUGCCCUCGGCCACCCCCACUUCACCAUCUGCUGUUUCCUCAUGCACUUGGGAAAUGUCUAGAAAAGUUGGGCUACUCUUAAUUGUCUCAUUGUGAUCUCAACCUUUUAGGCUAGGGCAAAGGUUGCCAAACGGUUUUUGCAAAAUUUUAUAUUUUCUUCAAAAAGAAGAAAAUAACGCCCUUCCCCAGUCUGAAAACCACUGGGAAUUUUCCCUGUUGAUGUUAAAGCAGAAAAAAUAGAGUACAUUAGAGAAUAUAUAAGGUAGCAUCACUCUGCCGUCCAGCUCUAAAUCUGUCACAAAUGUCGUCAGGAUUGUUUGCCAUCAACACUCCCCACCUCCCCUGCCCGUGUGCCGGCCCUGCUGCCAAAGACAACAGGGACUCCAUGCUGGAGCUGCCAGGAAGCACUUAUGUUUAUUUAACCCACAUGGCACAGAGCUGGGUGCUUCUCUUCCCCUCACUCUUCAUCUAUUUUAUUGACUUGCUGGCUCAAUAUUCCACAUCUUUUCCUGCCAGACUGCUCAUCACUCUCCUGUUGUCAUAUUUUAGUUUAUUUGGCAGUCCUUCUUUUCGAGGGAUGCAUGUGUGACCAAUAAGGUCCAUAUGUUUGUUAAAUUGGGUUUAUUUAAUUUAACACAGUGAGUGCAUAGGAUUUUGACAUUAAGGGAAUACUAGCCCAAGUUAUAGUACAAAAGGUUAGCUUGAUUAUAUGUUUCUUGGUGGUUGCAUAUGUGGUUCCCAAGCAGUAAUCUGGGUUUCAUUCCGAGACAAUGCAGUUUUCAAUUUGGGGGUGGCAGUAGAUCAAAUUUGGAAACCGGCCUGUGACACUGCAGCAAUUUAAAGCAUUCACUUUCCACAGAAGGGAAAACCACUAAAUUCAUCCUGAAGCACAUUUCCCCCACAUUGCCAGCAAGAACACCAUAUUGGAAUAAUUUAUGCCAAAGCUCAUUUAUAUAGUGUACAUCAUUAUUUUGGUAUUGCAUUACUGCAAUUUUGUUGUGGCUUAAUUCAAGCUGUUUUGGUUAUGCCUAUUGUGAAAGGUGGUGGUGGAACAAUUGCAUUGCACGCUUACUUUGGAUGCCCUUGCAUGUGUAUUUAUCUUGAUAGAGUCUGCGUUUUUUCCCUGUUCCCUGCGUUUUUUUGUGCAUAACAUUUUUUUCCUGUAAGUGAUCUGACUGAUCUCAAACCUCGUGUUCUAAGGCCAUAUUCACUCAAACGUCUACUUAGGUUAUGGCCUAAGAAAACAUAAAAUAAACAUGUGUUUUAGCAUCUUGUUCUUGUGUAAUCUGCUGUUUAGGACACUGAAAACUAAAGCUUGACAGGUUGAAACAAUAUCUCAUCCACACAGUGUUGCAUAGUCACAGCCACACGGCUGACAAAUAAACAUCCAAUGCUUGGUCGACAGGACAUUGGACACUGUAUUCUUUGUGUACAUGUGCUUGAAUAAAUGACACCUACUGUAAUUAUUUGUCCCAUAAUUAAGUGUUGACCUCAUUGUGUCCAUAUUCUUAAUGAUGCCAAACGGAAGUGACAUAAUCGCUUCUAAAGUUUGACAUGUAUGAACAUGAAUGUUAUAUUGCAGCAGUCUUCAUGCGGUCAUGAAAAGGCUAAACGUGUUACUCAAGAUGUAGGGGGAAUAAUUAUGUUGCAUUGGCAGGCUAAAGGAGUGGACAAAGGAUUCUUGAGGUUCAUUAAGCAUGUCAUUGAUUGUCUGGUUAAUUAGCAGCGAGAUGGUUGUGAUUAAAUGAAAUGAUCUGGAACUGAGGUUUGAUAAAGUCACUAGGUGUGUAAUUAAAUGGGGGUAAUUCAAUACUCACACUGUAAUUGGGAUAUAUCACUUCCUCACUGAGGUGGAAACAAAAUGUUCUCAUGGAGGAUGGCCAGUACAGGGGUCAGUGCAGAACUAAUUACUUGAUAAUUAUUGAGAACUAAUACAUGUGUUAUUUGGAUAACAUUUGUUGCUUCAAGUUUGCCAAAUAACAACAUUAAAGUUGAUAAAGACACAUGAAAACGUUAUCAAUCUACAGUAAGGUAUUUUCUCAACUAGACGCCUCCACUGUGAUGUCAAAAUGGACGAAAUGUGCAGGCCAGCAGCUGUCUUUUUUUAACUCCACUCAUUGGGAUUGAGAUGUUUUUUUUUUUUUACACCGGAAUGGUCUUGUAUGUUCGUUCCCAUUCCCAAAUGUCUGUAAGGCUGCAAAUGUUUCUUGACUGGUGAUUGGAUGAGUGAGAGCAAAGCAAGGAAAAUGGAAGGAAUGUGUGAGUGUGGUGAAGAGAUAAUUGAUCAACCAAUCCUCAUCACCAAUCUGAAGUGUGUGUAAAAGCUACGGUAUUUUAUAUCCACACAAACACACCACUUAAGUCAAAAUGUUGGGAAACAUGGACAAUUUUUAGGAGUCGUGCACAGAAUUCGGACUAGUUGGUAGCUCUGGUACUGUGUAAUAAAAAUAAAAAUCUACGUACACAAAUAAAUCUCCCCUCACUAAUAAACACUUCAUGAAUAGAUGCAUUGUCUGUUAUUGAGUAUAACUAUAAGGGUAAAAUUCAUAGCAAUCAAUCAUUGAAUCAUUGAACCAAAACAGUCACCUCAUAUUCACUCAGUGCUUAUUUCUCGUCUUUUGAUAAAAAGCUAGUGACCGUUCCCAUGGCUGCCCACCCAUACAUCUCACUUGUCCCUUAGUGUGAACUAACGUCCAUAUGCUAGAGGCCUCUUUAAGUCCCAUACAGGAUGUGGAUCAUUUUUUAACAGGAAAUAAAGGAGAAGCUGACAGGGUCAUCAGCCACUGCUUGAACCUUUGCCAAGUAUCAUUUAGGCAAAUAAUUAAAUUAGUUAUCUUUGUGAAAAGAAGACAGAGUAGUCCGCUAAAAGUGUUAGCCGAGUGUAACAGUAUUGUCGGGGUGACCUUUGUUUUGAGCAAACAGGUUUAAGGCAACACAAAGGGUGGAGGCAGUGACAGGCAACAGCUGAGGUAUGAUGGCCGAGAAGAGGGGACAUGCUUUCGGGACUCCAUGGUGAAACAACUCAAUGGUCACAACACAAAUAGGGAAAACACACCACAAGACCACUCCACACGCCAUGGGGGAAGACAGCUCUUGGAGUCUAAAUGAAGACAGGAUGACGCCACGCUGCAUGUCCAGCAGUAAUUAUGGUAGAAAAGACAGGAGGAUUAAGACGCUAUCCUAUCCAGGAGUCCCAUUUUUAGGAUUGAUGCUCUUGGCCAUCAUCCCCUUUGGAGCGAGCAUCAAACAAAGUGUCCCUCGGGUCAAACUCAGCCAGAGAGAACUGCUGCAAGCCGGCAGUGUGUCUUUGUUUUUGGGCCCCUCCGAUGGCCUCCUUUCGCACUCCCUGCUGUUGGAUGAGGAGAGAGGUCGUCUUCUGCUGGGAGUCCGGGAUCACAUCUACCUGCUUGACCCUGACAACCUGACCAAAGGUCCCAGAAAGAUUCACUGGCCUGCACCUUGGGACCGAGUGGACGCGUGCACACUGGCUGGCAAAAAUGCAAAUGAGUGUGCAAACUUUGUGAGGGUACUCCACAACUACAACAUGACACAUGUCUACGCCUGUGGGACAGGAGCCUUCCACCCCAGCUGUGCUUUCAUUGAAAUCAGGGGUUCCAGACAGGAUGGAGUCUUCCAGCUGCUGUCUGGUACAGUGGAGUCUGGCAGAUUGAAAUGUCCUUUUGAUCCCUUGGGGUCAUUCACUUCAGUCCUCACAGACCAGUACCUGUAUGCGGGCACGGCUUCAGACUUCCUGGGCAAAGACACCACAUUCACACGUUCCCUAGGCCCGCCACCUGACCAGCACUACAUACGCACGGACAUUGCCGAGGACUACUGGAUCAAUGAGGCCAAGUUCAUAUCUGCGCACGCCAUUGCGGACACCUACAACCCGGAUGAUGACAAAAUUUACUUUUUCUUUCGGGAGGUGUCGUGGGAAGGCAAUGACAAGAGCAUUCUGUCUCGCGUGGCUCGAGUUUGCAAGAAUGACGUGGGUGGGCUGAGGAGUUUGACCAACAAAUGGACCACCUUCUUGAAGGCCAGACUUGUGUGCUCCAUACCUGGGCCUGAUGGAGUGGAUACACACUUUGAUGAGCUGCAGGACAUUUUUAUGCUGCCGACCAGGGACCCUAAAAACCCCACAGUGUACGCGGUCUUCACCACCUCCAGCUCUAUUUUCCGAGGCUCUGCUGUGUGUGUGUACAGCAUGGCAGACAUAAGGGCUGUGUUUAAUGGGCCCUACGCCCACAAAGAGGGGCCGGACCACCGAUGGGUAGAAUAUGAGGGACGCAUACCAUACCCUCGCCCCGGAACGUGUCCCAGCAAAACAUAUGACCCUAGAAUCAAAACCACCAAAGACUUCCCUGAUGAGGUUGUCAGCUUCAUUCGUUUCCACCCACUGAUGUACCGCUCAGUCUACCCACUGAGUGGACGACCUGUGUUCACACGUGUACACGUCGACUACAGCCUCACUCAGAUUGUGGUGGACAGAGUUUUAGCCGAGGAUGGACAGUAUGAGGUUCUCUUCCUGGCGACAGAUGCUGGCACUGUUCUAAAGGUGGUGAGCAUCAGCAGAGACAAGUGGUUGACGGAGGAAGUGGUGCUUGAAGAGCUUCAAGUAUUUCAGGUUCCCACUCCCAUUCUUAGUCUGGAGAUAUCUUCCAAACAGGAACAGCUGUAUGUGGGCUCAAGUGAGGGCCUGGCCCAGGUUUCACUGAGCAGAUGUCACCUCUAUGGUCAAGCCUGCGCUGAGUGCUGCCUGGCUCGUGACCCCUACUGUGCCUGGGAUGGACACACGUGUUCAAGAUAUGUCCCUGCAUCCAAGAGGAGAGCCAGGAGACAGGACAUCAAGCACGGGGACCCUGCCAGUCAAUGUUGGGAUUCAGAGGACAGUCUCGGGAUGGGACAGGUUGAGGAGAGAGUUCUCUUUGGAGUUCAGAGCAACUCAACUUUCCUUGAGUGCAUCCCCAAAUCUCAGCAGGCCCAAAUCCGCUGGUUUGUUCGAAGAACUGGAUCGGAACACAGAGAAGAGGUAAGACUAGAUGAUCGCAUCAUCCAAACAGAUCGAGGCCUCUUGAUUCGCUCCCUCCACGUCUCUGAUGUUGGAUUGUAUGAGUGCGAAGCUCAGGAGCACACUCGUUUCACGCACACUCUUCGCCGCCUCACCAUACAACUCGUGUCUCAAGGACAACUGGACAAAAAGACCAAGUCCAGCGAAGACCCCCUGGUGGAGCUAAAGCAAGGUCACCAUUACAAAGACUACCUAAGGUUGAUGAGCUCCCCUGUGGGAUCGCUGGAGGACUACUGUGAUUCACUUUGGCUUGAGAAAAGGCCGCCAAAGGCUAGAGGACGAGCUUUGGGAGUUGGAAAGUGGAAACACAUCCAGGAAAUGAAGAAGAGUAGGAACAGGAGGCACCACAGAGAGUGACUGACAAACUGUAGUAUUGAGCAAUGGGGUGAAAAAAAUCAGACUGUAAAAGUUACAUGAAUUGCUUCACAUAUUCCACAUGAUACACAACUGACUGGUCAUAUUAAGUCCAUCUAUUAUUUGAUCAUCGUAACACAUUAAAACAUUGUUUAAUGAGUGAAUCAUGGGAAAAUAGUCUCCUCUUGGUGAUGGCAAUGCAUUCAUGUUGAAUGCCUGUAAAUAGUUGUAUAACUUGCACAGGAUAUAGUGUGCGAGAUGUCCAGUGUAGUCUUAUUACUUUAAUAUGUAUUACUGUCAAUAUGAUAACAAUGAAGGCUGUGAUGUCAAGGCCAGCCAGUAUUAUAUUUUUCUACUAGUGUCUCUUUCAGUUUGACAGCUAUUUAAAUAAAUAUGUCUUGCGUGUCCACAACUAAAAAAAAAUGGCUUGUUUCCAGUGAACAAAUGCACGAAGUGUGCGGUUUCUAGAGCACCAACAGAUUUAGAAUGGGUUGGCAUUUUUCCAGGUGUCCCAAGAUAGCAACGUAGGUCCCUGAACGGUGUUCGUUGGGAUGAUUCAGGACCAGCUGCUCUCUUGUUUAAUUAGAAAUGCGAGUUUGCUAAAAGAGAGUGCAGCCAGAAAGAGUUCAUGUAUGAAAGCAUGGGAUUAAAUGAUGCCGUAGGGUUCCUAUAAUGAAAUGAACUGAAGGUAUAAUUACAUAAUGAUAUAAUUAAUUAUAGCAUGAUAUGUAUUUAUUUAGGAUUGUACAUAUUGAUCAAUACAUAGACAAAAGCAUGACAGUAACUAAACUUAAUGUGUUGUACUAAGGCAGACAUACAUAUACAUACUGUACGUGAUGCCAGUUCCAAACUGAAACACUGCAGUCAGAAAAUCUUUAUUUUUCAUGAUCCUCCACGGGGAUUCUUCGUGUGCCUUGUUAGAAAGGCAAUAAAUAUUUCAAGCACUUC